UCGUUCUUACGUUGUGUAUGCUACUUGUCAUUCGGUAUUGUGCUAAGUGUUGUAGUGAACCACAAUAAUAUUAUAAACAAAAAUGUACACACUCAUACAAAAGGUGAUAGAUUUAAACAAAUCAAAAAUGUGGUAUUUAACUGUUAUUUCUCUGAUAAUUAUAUUGGUAGUAAUUACGAAACUAAGGUUGAAAGGCAGAAGAAAAAGGAUAUUGGCAAAUAAAAUACCAGGUCCUGAUGGUUCGAUUCUUAUUGGUAUGUUACCAUUAUUUCUACAAGGACCAGAAAAACUUAUCUCAAGUGGAUUAAAAGAAUAUAGAAAGUAUGAGAAGUCUUCAUUUAAAGUAUGGGUUUUAAAUAACCUAUACAUUGUGCUUACACGACCUGAAGAUAUAGAAUUGGUCCUUACUAAUCCAAAAUUACAAAAGAAAGCUAAAGAAUACUUGGUUUUACAAGAAUCCAUCAUGGGCCAAGGAAUAUUUUCAAUCGAUGACAUAAAAAAAUGGAAAAGUAACAGAAAAAUGGUAUCAGGAGGUUUUAGUUUUAAAAUUAUAAAAUCAUUUAUACCGAUAUUUUACGAAGAAUCGAAUGUCCUCAAUGAUAUUCUAAAACAAAAAUAUAAUAAUAAAUCAAAUGAGUGUGAUAUAAGUGCUCCUAUUAGUAUGGCCACAAUGGAAAUGAUCGGAAAAACUGCACUAGGUGUAAAAUUUAAUGCUCAAAAUGGCGGCCGUCAUCGAUUUGUGGAAAAUUUACAAACAGCCAUGACCGCAUGGGAAUACAGAAUUACACAUCCAUGGUAUUUAAGCAAAACAUUAUUUCGACUUUCAUCAGUUAAUCAAAAACACGAUCAAAGUCAAAAAAUCAUAAACGAUUUCACAGAUGAAAUAAUAAAUAAAAAACUUGAUGAAAUGAACCAAAAUGCGGAUAAUGAAAAAAAAGUAGAAACAGAUGAUGAUGAUGAUAUUUGUCGAAAAACAAAAACGGUUAUAGAGAUUCUUUUAGGAAAUUAUCAUGAAAUGUCACAUGAACAAAUACGAGAUGAACUUGUGACCAUCAUGAUUGGAGGCCAAGAAACUACUGCUAUGGCCAAUGCAUGUGCAAUUUUUAUGUUAGCUCAUCAUCCAGAUGUACAGAACAAGGUGUUUGAGGAAUUGCAAUCGAUUUUUUCGAACGGCGAUCAGAAUAGAUCACCAACAUAUGAAGAUUUACAACAAAUGGAAUACCUAGAACGAGUGAUCAAAGAAACAUUACGAUUGUUCCCUCCUUUGCCCGUGUAUGGUAGAAGCUUAGAUGAGGAAAUGAAAAUCGGAGAAUAUUUGUGUCCAGCCGGUUCAACGUUGAUGGUCUGUCCACUAUUUUUACAUUCGAGUGAGCAGUACUACAAUGAUCCAGAAAAGUUUAACCCUGACAACUUCUUACCAGAUACAUAUCACAGCCGACAUCCAUAUACAUUUAUACCAUUCAGUGCGGGAUAUAGGAACUGUAUCGGAAUCAAAUAUGGCAUGCUCCAAAUGAAAACCGUUAUAUCGACACUAGUACGAAAAAAUACAUUCUUUCCGUCGGACAGAUGUCCCACACCGAAAGACCUAAGAUUAAUGUUCUUAGCGACACUUAAGUUUGUUGACGGCUGUUAUGUCAAAAUAAUACCAAGAACUUCAGUUUGUCCGUAUUCCAUUCAUACAACUUCAUUGCCGUUGAUUUCGCGACUUACCGUGAAAAUGGGGUUAGAUCGUAAAAGAAAGUCAAUUAAUGCUCUUCAAAACACUGAUAAAAAAAGAAAAAGCAUAACAGAACAAAAACCUGUCUCUUCCUCUUCCUCUUCUGAUGAUUCUGACGAGCAGUCUGAUCACGAUAAUGCAUUAUUAAAUAAUGAAGUAAAAAAUGAAAAUCCUACUAUCAGCCGUUGGCCUCAAGAGGACAUCAAAAAGCUGUUGUCUAAAAUGGAAUUGGUACUUCCAAAGAAUGACAAUCAAACAUUUAGAUGUCGAUUUUCAAAACUAGACUGGGAUAAAAUUCAAUUUGAUAGUUAUAGUAAAGAUGAUUGUCAAUCCACUUGGUUAGCUAUUCAAGAUCAGCUUAGAACAUUUAAAACUAUAGGUGAUCUUAUACAUGAUGCUAGAAAUUUAUUGGAAACAAAAGGCAUUGAUACAUAUCGUUCAAAAACAAAUCGGUUACCAAAACCUAGAAGCGCAUACAUGUUAUAUUACACAGAAAUUCUUCAAAAAUAUAAGAAAAAACAUCCAGAUUUAAAAUUGCCUCAGUUGACACAAAUCAUCGCUGAAAAAUAUAAGAAUUUAUCCCCUGAUAAAAAACAAACAUUUGUCGAUAAAGCACAAAAAUUGAAGUCUGAAUAUAUUGAAAUGGUUGAUAAAACAAAUGUAGGUUUCAAAUUUAAGGAAUCAGAACCGAAACCAAAAACUCCAUUUCAAAUUUUUGUGGAAUCAAAAUCGUCAGGUGUAGAAUUAGGUACUGUUGAUAAAACCGAAUUUCAAAACCAAUUAAAAGAAAAGUGGGAUGGUAUGACAGAAAAGAAAAAAUCAAAAUGGAUUAAAUUAGCAAAUGAACGAGAACAGGCAUAUUUAACCAAUCUAAAAGAAAACCACAAAAAUGAUCCUGCUUUCACUAUGCCUACAAAAAGUGCAUUAACCAAAGGUGAUAGAAAUAUUUUGGAUUCCCAAUCAGGGAAACCAAAAAAACCACCAGUCAAUAAUUAUAGUCUUUUCUCUAAAGAAGUGUUACAAAGUAAAGAAUUAGAUGGUGUUCCUCCUAAAGAAAGAAUGUCAAUGUUGGCAAAGAAAUGGAAAGCUUUUUCUGAUGAAGAGCGACAAAUUUAUACAGACAGGUUGAAAGUUAUAACUGAGCGAUAUAAAACUGAAUUUGAUGCCUACUUAAAUACUCUACCAGAAAAUGAAAGACAAUUGGAAAUGUCUAAAAACAAAGUAAAACCUAAGAAAGCUGAGCCAAAAGUUGUACCUAGGAUUAAUGCUAGAGAAGUCAUCUCAGAAAAACCCACAGAAAAGCCUAAGAAAAAGAAUACUUCACAAUAUAACUCAAAAACUAAGACUUUCAAAAAUGAACCAAAACCUGUGCCUUAUAAAAAUGCAUUUGAAUUAUAUAGAAGUAAAUUAGAACCAAAUGAAAAACACCCAAUUACAAGUUUGGAAGAUUGGAACAAAAAAAAUGGAAAAAAACAACUUAUGUUUGAAAACGAACUUAAAGCCCUUAAAAAAGAGUAUAUGAAAAAUUUAAAAGUGUUUUUAAGAGGUCUUUCCGAAGAAGAUUUGCAAUUAUAUCUACAGUUAAGAAAACCUGAAUUUUUAACUGGAAAGGAUUCUGGUGCCUCAGAGAAUGAAGAAAAUUCUUCAUCUGAAGAUGAUGAUGAAGAUGACGACGAUGAUGAUGAUGAUGAUGACGAUGAAGAAGAUGAUUCAGAUUAAAACAAAAAUAAUUAUUUCUAUUUUUAAUUCAAUAUUAAUACCUCGUUUAAUUAUUUUAAAAUUUAAAUUGCAUUGUAUAAGUUAAUUUUUAUUCCCAUUUGAUUUGAUCCAUAUGAAUUUUUAAUUGUUGUAACAUUUUUUUUAGAUAUUUAUCCAUUCAACAAGUAAUUUUGUUGAAUAGAAUACUUUGAAUUAGGUAAUCGGCAUUAAUUGUUUACUUUUAUUUUUUUAAUUUUGUUUAACUAAAAAUAUAUACUAGUAAUAAAUAAUAAUUAUUUUUACAUUUAUGAUAUUAAUUGUUAAAUCAAUUAAAUUGGGAUUGUAAGUAUAAUUAUUUCUAUGAGUUUUUUAUGUUAUCAUAAAAUAAAAUUAGAAUAAAAUUUAUAUUUUUUACAAUUAAUUAAAAUUUAAAAAAAAAAUAACCUAAGGGUUCUAAUAUUAUUAAGUACAGUAUAAUUAAAGUUAUAUAUUAUUCUUUUUGAUUCUUUUAUACAGAUUCAUAUACAUUUUGUUAUGGGAAUUUAGGUAUAGUUUUAUAAUAAUUUGUAAUUUUUAAAAACCAAUAAAAUUGUUUUUAUUUAUUAAUGAAUCAAUGUUAAGUUAUAGUAAAUUAGACUGUUUGUUUGUGACCUAUGUUUAAGCCAAAUGAAUGUUAAUAUUUGACAAACAAAAUAUUUUUUCUUAAUAAAAGAAUUUUAAUUUUUCAAUA